UCCCCGGGGCGAACCUCUGCGCAGGCGCGGUGGCUUAGGCUGCUGGACCAGCAGCCCCGCCUCAGGAAGAAGGGCCCGCCUGCGCCCCUCGCUGGUCCCGGUCUUCCGGGACCUUACCCGAGUGAUGCCCCGCUAUUGCGCAGCGAUUUGCUGUAAAAACCGCCGAGGACCGAACAAUAAAGACCGGAAGCUGAGCUUUUACCCGUUUCCUCUACAUGACAAAGAAAGACUUGAAAAGUGGUUAAAGAAUAUGAAACGUGAUUCUUGGGUUCCUAGUAAAUACCAGUUCCUAUGUAGUGACCAUUUUACUCCUGACUCUCUUGACAUCAGAUGGGGUAUUCGUUAUUUAAAACAAACUGCAAUUCCAACAAUAUUUUCUUUGCCUGAAGACUAUCAGGGAAAAGACCUCUCCAAAAAAAAAUCUCAGAAGAAAAAAUUGGAAGAGAAAGAAGUGUGCCUAAAAGCCAGGUCAGAAGAAUCAUUUACAUCAAAUGAGGCAAAGAAUAUUACAGUUAACACAGAUGUACUUCCUGAACAUGCAGAAUUGCUUGAUUCAUCUGCCUUGGUGAAGCCAACAGCUCCAAAGCCAGGAAGCUUACAAAAUAAAGUAUUAACUCUUAAUCUAGUUAAGCAAGACACUGAAAAACUGAAAUCUACCCUGGAAAAAUCAAUUAACCAAGAUUUAGGUUUAAGAGGAUUUCAUACAUCUUUUGAGAACGAAAAUUCUACAACUAUUACUUUGACAACUUCAGAUUCAGAAGUUAGUCACCAGUCUUUGGAAAGCCAAGAAGUACUUGAAAUAACAACCAAUCAUCUUGCUAAUCCAAACUUUACAAAUAAUUCCAUGGAAAUUAAAUCACAGGAAAAUCCAUUCUUAUUCAGCACAGUUAAUCAAACAGUUGAAGAUAUAAACACAAAUAAACAAUCUGUUAUUGCCAUUUUUGUGCCCACAGAAAAUUCUAAACCUGUAGUUAAUUCCUUUAUACCUGCCCCCAAAGAAACCAUGGAAAUGGAAGACAUAGACACUGAAGACUCCUUAUAUAAGAAUGUAGAUCAUGGGGCAGAAGUUUUACAAAUUGAACAUUCUUAUUGUAGACAAGACAUAAAUAAGGAACAUCUUUGGCAAAAAGUCUCUAAACUACAUUCAAAGAUAACCCUUCUAGAGCUACAAGAGCAACAAACUCUAGGAAGAUUAAAGUCUUUGGAAGCUCUUAUAAGCCAGCUAAAACAGGAAAACUGGUUAUCAGAAGAAAAUGUCAAGAUUAUAGAAAACCAUUUCACAACAUAUGAAGUCACUAUGAUAUAAAGAAGUUUCAAAGCUAAACCAAAUUUUUUUUUUCCAGCUAAACCAAAUUUCCUGUAAAGUGAACUUUUUCCUAUAUAAUGUUCUCAUCUUGAUGAAGUUACAAAAGUGCUCUAAUAUCAUGAACUGCAUCCUAUUCUUAAAAUGCUCAUUAAUAAGAAAAAUAGUUGUUGUGAAGAAGAGAAAAAUAGUUAUAUUAUUGGGUAGUUUCCCAAAUUAAAAUAUAGUAAAUAGAUAAUAAGUCAGUAAUAGGAGACCAAUGAUAUGGUCAAAACACCCCAAAAUAGAUGAGGUUGGUUCUACCACUGACACAUGACAUGACCAAAGUACUUAUCAAGAUUGUAAAAUAAUCCCUAAUUUGUAAAAUAAGGGUCCUUACUAGAACUCAGUUGGUUUCUUUGUAGUCCCUUCCCUUUGUAUUUAUUGAUACUUUUAUUAAAACAGUUUUUCUAUAAGAUUAUAUGUACUUAUAUAAUAGAAAUUGGGGAGAAUUUGAUAUUCACUAUUAUUGCAUUCUCUGACCUUUUAGCUAUAGUUAGGUAUCUUACAUAAAGGAAAAUAUGGCUAUUCUAAUUUUUAUUCAGUUGAACUCAGCUUUUAGGAGAGGUACCUUAAACUUGAAAGAAUAUAUAUUUCAGUACCUUAUAUAUAGCAGACCGUGUUUAAGUCAUUUAAGUUUUUUAACAUCCUUAUUUAUAAAAUUAUAUUUAUAAACCAAAAACAUAGGUUAAUUUUAAAUAUAUAUAUGUAUAUUAUAGAAAUUAUAGUCUGUAUCUAUUUCUUAAUAGGUAUAGCUUUUAAAGUAUAUGCUUGUAUCAUUUUUUAAAUCCAAAAUAAUAGAGUAAUACUUUAUUAUAUAUUCCCACGUAUGUAUAUUUUAUUAAAAUUUAUAAGCAAAUUAUAGAUAAGUGAUGAUGUCCUUAGGAAAACAAAGUUUUUCUCUUGGGAAAGAGAAGUGUUGGUGAUAUAAAUAAAAAUAAAGUUUAUAUCUGCAUGAGCUAAGAAAUAUAAAUGUAAAAGCAAAGUCGUUUUGGUAACAACCCAAAUGUGAACAAGAGACAAUAUGUUCUUUAAUAUCUGUUAAAAAAUAAAAAAAUACUGCUAUCUAAAAGGAUGAUUUUGAGAAUUCUAUGAGGUAACACAUAAUUUUUGGACCUGGAAAAUAGGAGGUGCUCAAUAAUUAUUAGUUAACUGAAUAGCUGAUCAUUUUGUUAAUGUGGUAAUUAUUUUUAUUAUAUUUCAGUUAAGUUUUACGCUAAUAAAAUUAAUUGGUAUUUGAUAAUGUGUUUGCUAAUUAUAAAAAAAUCAGAACUAUCUUAUUAAAUGACCAUGGUGGGGAAAACUUAAGUAUUCCCAUAUUGCAUAUUUCUGAUACUUAAAGUGAAUAGUACAGAUAAAAAUAACAAGUCACAAAAUAUUAUUUUAACUUAGUUUAAACUUAAUAAAGUAUAAGUAUUUAUUUUCAUGGCUUUCAUAUAUACAUAUACACACAUAUACAUACAUACAUAUAUAUGCACAUACUUGAAUCACUAAUACUGGAGGACUUGCGCUUUGUGCAUGCUAGGCAAGUGCUCUACUGCGAAAUUCACAACCCUUGCCUUUUUAUAAAUAAUUGAAGAUACUCUCAACCUAACCCAGCUAACCUCUAAAUUAAUAUUUUCAGAUUCUGGCCUACAUUAUUUCCUAUUUGGACUAUUACAGAAGCCUCUUAGCUAAUCUUGCCUAUGUUUUCAGUCUUCUAUUUCCAUAUUAUCUUGGAUUCUGCUGUUAUUUUUUUAACCUAAAUUAUAAAUCUAUCACCCACCCACCCCAUAACUUCUAGCUCAGACAUCUCACAUUACUCACUAAUACCUAUAAGAUAAAGCCAAAGUUAUUACUGUUAUAUCUGAUUCUCUGUAACUUUGUUUAUCCUGUGAUCUACCUACACUGAAUUUCUUAGCAUUUUGCAAGGAUGCCAGACAUGCAUCUGUCCCUGUGUCUGCUUGCUUUAUUCCCUCAACCAGUCUGUCAAAAUUAUAUUUCAACAUUGGUGGACUUUUUUCCUACCUGCUUAUCUUCCAACCUGAGGAUUUCAUCACAAGCUUCAUUGAGAAAAUCAAAACAAUCAUAAAACACCCCUGAUAGGGACUGAAUUGUGGCCUCGUAUACAUAUUUUGAAGCGCAUCUAUAUUUGGUCAUAGGGCAUUUAAGGAAUUAAAGUUAAAUGAGGGGAUAUGGGUGGGGUCUUGAUUCAAAGGGUUAGUGUGCUUACAGGAAGAAAUACCAGGAAACUAUUCUCCCUAUAUUGGGACACAGCUACAAUACAGCAGUCUGCAAGCCCUCGUGAGAACCUGACCGUGCUUGGCAACCUGACUUCAGACUCCCAGGCUCCAGAUUGGUGAGAAAUUUUUGUUGAAAAAAGCCACCCAGUGUAUGGUGUUUGGGCAGCCCAAGCUAAAAUGCCUUUAUAAUCCAAAACAAUGAGCUGUAUUUGUUACAAUGAAUAAACCAGAUCCGAUGUAUCAACAUAAACCCAAACAGUAUUCCAAAAAGAGUAAGUUGCAAAAAUUUGAAAA